AUGGCAGCUGGCUCGGCGAGACCGUCGAUGAGGCAACAACUUCCACGCGCCUCCACCACAGCGGCAUGCGAAGCAUGUCGGAAAUUAAAGAUGCGAUGUAUUCGACCUGCAAGAGUUAAUACGUGUGAGAGUCAAUUAGAACCAUGUGAGCGUUGCCGGCGAAAUAACCGCACCUGUAGCAUUCCUCCACCACGUCCACUGGGCCGAAGACCCGGGGCAGUGGGCCGCUAUCAAGGUCUCGAGAAGGCCCGUCGGAAGAUACAGGCCGAGUUGGAAAAGGCACGAAAUUCAUCUAAUGACAUUGAUGGGAUGAAUGGUUUGUCGGAGCGGGAAGAGCGCCUCUUGGACCUUCUCUCGGACGUGCAGAACUCUGAGCAACAUGCGGAUGCAGAGCUCAAUCAACCGUUGCACGGGGAAGAUCUAAGUCAUCUUCAGAAAUGCUCAACGCAAAGGCGACUGGCAGGUGCUCAGGACUUUCACUAUACAGAGCAGAGUCAACCGCACACGAAUUCCUGCUUCUACCGGAUGACUAGUGCGAUAUCGAGCUCUGACGUUAGCCAGGAGCCUGUCAGCAAUCCAUUGGCUCUGCUCGCAGAUGCGUCUGAAACAGCACGGGUAAUGAAUCCAUCACGAGACACUGGUCCGGAUCUGGACCCAGUGGAACUGGGCUUGGUAUCCAUGCAAGAAGCACAUAUGCUUUUUUCCAUCUACUUCACACGCCUUCACUCAGUCAAUGGCAUUCUUGAUCCUAAGCUGCACACUCCCGAGUACGUACGCUCGCGGUCAUGCCUCUUGUUCACAUGGAUCCUUGCUCUCACGGCUCAAUUUGAUCACAGCUCGGAGACCAUUGCCAAAAGGCUGCGGCUGCAUGGAGAGAAGCUCUCCCGACACGUUCACAGUUCUGGCUGGAAGUCUGUUGAGGUCGUGCAGGGGUAUUACAUUUCGCUCCUAUCAGCGACUCCGGCCAAAGCAUUGUCAGAGGAACGCUCGUGGCUUUACACGACGCAUGCAGUGGGCAUUGCAAUAGAGCUUGGCCUGGACCAAGGUUCAAAGUCACGAUUGCAUCGCAAUCCUCUCAAUAACCAGACCCGUCAACAUUCGGAGCACACUCAAAGGCUUGCACGAAAUCGGGAACGAACUUGGCUACGGAUCUUGCUGUGGGAAAGAGCCAAUAGCGCCGCAUGUGGUCGCACCAACGUCUUUGCAGACACAGAACUGACACGCAACAUCGACAGCUGGAGGAUGCAUCCGCUCGCUGAUGCGACUGACAGACAUACCUGCGCCUUUAUACUUCUCCGCCGCCUCUUGGCCCCGCUGCAAAAUGAGCUACGGCAUGAAGCAUCGCUUCCUCAGGCAGAUCCUCAUUGGGCCUCGAAGCUGAUUAAUGCCUCGCUAGAGCCAUGGUGCAAGACUUGGCUUCAAGAUCCUUACACCCUGCCUCAAUCUCAACAACUACCUGAUGUCUUCCUCAACUAUGUGUAUCUGCACAACCGGCUGUGGACCCUGUCUUUUGCUUUGCAUGCAUCCAGGAAUACAGACCGCCAUCUCGACGCUAUUCGAGAAGACUGCUUCGAUGCCGCCGUACAUUGCUGCGCGGUAGCUGUACGCGAUUUGCGGACAAUCGGCGAGCCUCUGUACUGCAUGCUUGCGCCCACGUGGGCGAUGAUAGCGUAUGCAGCCGUCCUGGCAUUGAAGCUUUUUCCGUGUCUGUAUGGCUCUGGCUCGGACGGUGGAAUGGAAUUUCUUGCGUUGCUCGCGCAGGUAGCGCUGCAGCUGCAGAAGUCUGGCACGACGCCGUCCCAUCGUCUUGGGAUUGCAGCCCUGCUGGGUCAGCAUCUGCUCAUGGUGCUGCGGAGCAGAGCAGUGGGAUUGGGAGAGUUGGCCGCGGUGGCCGGAGAUCAAAAUGACUCUGCUCCCGAAAGGACGAUCGCGUAUACGCCGAUAAAUCAAGAAACAGAUGUUGCGAGUCCAUUGGUUUCUUCAUAUGAUCCCUUUUUGCCCAUGGCUGUGAUGGGCACUGAUCGUGACUUGGCAAAUGAUGGAUUUGCGGAUCUCUUCCGAGAGAUUUUCGGCCCGGGGUUUGAUGAGCGGGUAGAUUUCCAAUUUCAUACUUCCCGAUACCAUGUGGAGAAGGACAUGAUGAUCAACAAAGAACAAACGUUGGAUUGUCCUAAAUCCUUUAUUCUGAAACCCUUGGUGAAAGAGGUCACAAUGUUUCAGUGGUACCAGCGAAGUUUAGCCCAGCGUCCUCUGUUGACGCAAAGCUUGACGACUGCGUGUCUCUUCGCCGUUGGAGAUGGCCUCGCCCAACAAGCGGUGGAAAGAAGAGGGAUUACUCGGCACGAUGUGAUGCGCACUACACGAAUGGCACUUUACGGCGGAGGUAAGUGGGCUCCUUCCCCUACAAAGAUACCCUUCCUCACCGUGGUAGCUGUUUUUGGUCCUCUGGCCACAAAAUGGUUCCAAGUCCUGCAGAGACGCAUCAAUCUGCCCACCGCACAACGAACAGUCGUUGGGAGAGUAGCAGCGGAUCAAUUACUAUUCGCUCCCACCAUGAUCGGAGUCUUUUUGUCCAGCAUGUCUAUCAUGGAGGGCGGAAGUCCUAGAGACAAGUUGGAGAGGUCGUACUGGCCAGCGCUGAAAGCCAACUGGACGGUUUGGCCGUUCCUGCAGCUGGUGAACUUUGCGCUUGUGCCGCUGCAGUACCGGGUGCUUACGGUCAAUGUGUUAAAUAUUGUAGUGACCAUGCUCUUCAGGAAACCCAAGUUGCCUCAGGCCAAUCCUGAUGCCUACUUCCAGGAUGACCGUGUGGCAUCAGAGACACACUCGCAGACGGCCAUCACGGCUGAUGAAAGUGAGCUGGUCAAUACUCAUAUACCGCUCUUGACUUGGCGGUCGUUUAUCAUGGGCGUGUUUGUCUCUAUGGGUGGCUUCCUGUUCGGCUACGAUACCGGUCAAAUCUCCGGUUUCCUGGCGAUGAAGGAUUUCCUGCAACGGUUUGGUGAACAAAAAGCUGAUGGGACGUAUUACUUCUCCAACGUCCGAUCUGGUUUGAUUGUCGCGCUGCUGUCGAUUGGAACCUUGAUGGGAGCUUUGAUCGCGGCACCUAUUGCGGAUCGCAUUGGCCGGAAAUGGUCGAUCACCAUCUGGUCUUUGAUGGUCUGCGUUGGAAUCACGGUUCAGAUUUCUUCUCCCGUCGGUAAGUGGUACCAGGUUUCGCUCGGCCGUUGGGUUGCGGGAUUGGGGGUCGGUGCUCUCUCCCUCUUGGUCCCUAUGUACCAGGCAGAGUCCGGUCCACGGCACAUUCGUGGUUCUCUAGUCAGUACCUACCAAUUGUUCAUCACACUCGGCAUCUUCGUGGCAAAUUGCAUCAACUACGGCACCGAAACACGAACGGAUACUGGCUCCUGGCGUAUCCCAAUGGGCAUCACAUAUGUCUGGGCUCUCAUCCUGGGUAUUGGCAUCUCCAUGUUCCCUGAGAGCCCUCGGUAUGACUACCGACACGGAAAGGUCGAUCAGGCCAUCAGCACGCUUUCAAAGAUGUACGGCAUCCCGAAGAACCACCGUGCUCUGAAGCUCGAAUUCGAGGAGAUCAAACAGAAGUACGAGGAAGAAGUUGCUCGUGGUCAGGUCACUUGGGUCCACCUCUUCCGGGCCCCACGUAUGUCGUACCGUGUCGCUGUGGGUGUUGCCCUGCAAGCUCUUCAGCAACUCACAGGCGCCAAUUACUUCUUCUAUUACGGAACGACCGUGUUCAAGGGCGCCGGUAUCUCAAACAGUUACGUCACCCAGAUGAUCCUUGGUGGGGUAAACUUCGGAACCACCUUCCUCGGCCUGUACCUGAUCGAGAACUACGGGCGUCGUCGGUCCCUCAUCGCCGGUGCCCUCUGGAUGUUCGUGUGUUUCAUGGUCUUCGCCUCUGUCGGCCACUUCUCCCUUGACCGGCAGUUCCCGGAACGAACCCAUACCGCCGGGGUGGUCAUGGUGGUAUUCGCCUGUCUCUUCAUUCUUGGAUUCGCGUCAACGUGGGGUCCGAUGGUCUGGACCAUCAUCGCCGAAUUGUAUCCAUCCGAGUUCCGAGCUCGAGCAAUGUCCCUGGCAACCGCGUCCAACUGGCUGUGGAACUUCCUGCUCGCCUUCUUCACGCCAUUCAUUACCAGUGCUAUCGAUUUUCGAUAUGGUUAUGUCUUUGCAGGAUGUUUGUUCCUCGCCGCCGCGAUGGUGUACUUUACCGUCAUUGAGGGACAGGGAAGAACACUGGAGGAGAUCGACACGAUGUAUGUCAUGAAAAUCAAGCCGUGGCAGAGCUCAAAGUUUGUCUUUCCUGAGCAGUCAAAUGAUCACGAAGGAUCCGAGAAGCACGCGGCGGAAACAAAUGAUCACCUGGAGACGUCCGCUCCGCAGCAAGAGAGUGUGUAG